GUAAGUAAAGUAAUAACUGCUGAUGCCAGUACAAUAGCCCUGAUAAAUAAAAGGAGGCGGAUGGAAGAAGAAGAAGAUGAUAGGCAGCAGAAGAUGUUUGUAGAUGCAAGCUGCUCCCCCAAAGUAAUCAGUUUAGAGUAAAAGAAGCCUAUGUGAAACUGAAGUUGUUGUUUUUAUCUUAUUUUAUUUUAUUUUAUUUUAUUUUAUUCUUUCUAUAUUUGGAAGGGCUUUUACCUGGGUGAUAUCUAAUGCAAGCCGACAAUGGGAUUGGAGGGUAUGGAAGUAAUGGCCAUUGCUGCCGUUGUCGGACUAUUCAUUGUUGUGCUUAAACAGUUUGGAAUUUGGGAGCCUUUGUCACUUAAAGACAGCGUUGACAAUGACCUCGAGCUCUCCAUGGUCCGUCACCAACCAGAGGGCCUUGAGCAGCUCCAAGCCCAGACGCAGUUCACCAGGAAGGAGCUCCAGUCACUUUACAGAGGUUUCAAAAAUGAAUGUCCCACUGGGUUGGUAGAUGAAGAAACAUUCAAAACCAUCUAUUCACAGUUCUUUCCUCAAGGAGAUGCCACCACUUACGCACAUUUCCUUUUCAAUGCAUUUGACAUGGACAGGAGUGGUUCCAUCAGAUUUGAGGACUUUGUGUUAGGAUUGUCUGUUCUGCUUAGAGGCUCUGUUACAGAGAAACUUCGUUGGGCUUUUAAUCUGUAUGACAUCAACAGGGACGGCUACAUCACAAAGGAGGAAAUGUUGGCAAUAAUGACAUCCAUCUAUGACAUGAUGGGCAGGCACACUUCACCCAGUCUGCGAGAUGAAACUCCUCAUGAGCAUGUGGAGAAAUUCUUCCAGAAAAUGGAUCGAAACAGAGACGGUAUGGUGACAAUAGAGGAAUUCAUUGAAACCUGCCAAAAGGAUGAAGAUAUAAUGGCUUCCAUGCAACUCUUUGAGAAUGUCAUCUAGUGUCUGUGUGAAACUGUUGAAUAAUAACAAAGUGCUUCCAGCCCCAAGUUUCUGAGCCUUAGCAGUAGCAUUCAUCUUCAGGGGGAGAUAUUUAGCCAUGUAACACAUAGGAUACAGACAAAUACAAACUGGCAAACAUUAUUAUAUUUCUAAACAAACAUGCAGAGAAAUGUGCAGGAUCCUCCAAAUCACCUGGAGAAGAAUGCAUGAUUGCUUUGCUCUUUGUUUCUGCACAUGAAGGAAAAACAUCAUUGUAAGACAAGCAUGCUUGUUUCCCUGACAUUAAAAAGCAUGUGAGGCAAACAUCUAAGACACAAACAAAGGCUGUUUUGUGUUUUUAAAUCAUAUACUUUUGUGGCUGUAUCACACUGUGAAGGGGGAAAAAGCUGUUAUGUACAAUGGGAGACCUAUCUUUGGUUUGGGCCUUAUUUGCACCAAACUGUACGAGGGCAAAGAAAUGGAAUAUCCACCUUGUAUGAAAUAUGUAAUGAAACAUGUUUACCCAAUAUAAAUUGGAAUAUACAGCAUUUAAAUUAACUAUGUAAAAUUUGUUGCGUUAUAUGUUGAUGUUUCUGUAAC